CUUCCGGUCACGUGACGCCUGUCAUGGCCGCCUCCGUGGCCUGUGGUGGUGUGAGUGCAGGAUUCCUGCGAGCCGCGCGGGGCGCCUGGAGGAGCAGACCGGGGGGCUUUUCGGGGUCCGGGGAGGCGUCGGCGACCACGAGGAGGUUCUGGGCGACAGGCUUGCGCCCGGCGGGGGAGGAAACCGGUGGCCCGGAGCGGCCCGAGGGCGUGGUGAACGUGGUGUUCGUAGACCGGUCAGGCCAACGGAUCCCGGUGAGCGGCAGAGUCGGGGACAAUGUCCUGCACCUCGCCCAGCGCCACGGGGUAGACCUGGAAGGGGCCUGCGAAGCCUCCCUGGCCUGCUCCACCUGCCACGUGUACGUGAGCGAGGAGCACCUGGACCUCCUGCCUGCGCCGGAUGAGAGGGAGGACGACAUGCUGGACAUGGCGCCCCUCCUGCAGGAGAACUCCCGGCUCGGCUGCCAGAUCCUCCUCACCCCGGAGCUAGAUGGCGCCGAGUUCACGUUACCCAAGAUCACACGGAACUUCUACGUGGACGGCCACGUGCCCAAGCCCCACUGACGGGCAACUGGACGGGGCGCCCGCCCCCCGGGCCGGACUAGCGCGGCCAGGCGCCGCGGAGUGCAGGGGCGCCCCCAGAAGGUCGCAAAACCCCCCCCCUUGCCUGCCGCACCCCACUGGGUCGGGGACCCUCCUGGGGUCCCCCUCUAGGCACCCCUGCUGCUGAGAACCGGGGCUGGGGGAAAAGGCGGAACUGAACCGAGGACAAUAAAACUGUCUAAAGCCUC